AUGUCGACGUUCAAUGGCCUUGUCCGCGAGUUUCCGGAUAUCAGAAUCGACUACUUUCGACACCAUGACGGAUUAUCACCACCAUUGGCUUGCUUCCUGAGUCACGUCCAUUCAGACCAUCUCUCCGGCCUGGAGACACUCCGGUCUCCAUUUGUGUACUGCUCUGCUGCUACGCGGGAGAUCUUGCUGCGUCUUGAGCGCUACCCAUGCCGCAUCAACUACAGUAAAGGCAUUCUCGAAGCUCGUCAGCAGACUUACAAGCAUUUGAGCAAGGUCAUUGUAUUCAUCGAGGGGCAUGGCAAGGCAAUCCUCUAUACUGGCGACGUUCGUUGCGAGCCAUGGUUUGUAAACACCAUUGCUCAAAGCCCAACUCUCAUCGAGUAUACUUGUGGCAUCAAGACUCUAGAUACCAUUUAUCUCGACACCUCUUUCACCGAUGACAUUCCCUUCCAGACAAAGGCUGAGGGCAUCGCAGAGUUGCUACGCAAGGUCGCGCGGUAUCCAAAAGAUACAAUAUUCUAUAUACAAUCUUGGACCUAUGGCUACGAAGACGUUUGGAUUGCUCUAUCCAAAGCUCUAAACUCUCCCAUCCAUGUUGACGACUAUAAACUUCGCAUUUUUUCAUCAAUUGCACCUGCUCUGUCCGGUUUCAUGUGUGGAAACUCUCUUCAAACCGGCUGCUUGACUGCAAAUAAAAAUGUGCGCCUUCACAGCUGUGAAAGCGGCAACAUGUGUUCUAUCGCAAGACAAUCUUCAGUCGUCAGAAUUCAGCCCGUCAUCGCGUCAUUUUCCGAUGGCAAAGUCAUCCACGAAGCAGGAAUAGGAGGCGGCGGCGAAGACUUGGAGCGGGAGAUGGAACUGGGAGUUGCCAGUACAAGCGAUCUCCAUAACCUACUCGAAAUAAUUGAUGCAUUGAAGAACACAACAGAAGAGGCCCGAACCGAGUGCACGCGACUCUUGACAAACGCAUUAGCGAGCGGCCGCAACUUGCAACUCAACAUCAGAGAAGACAUCUACUUGACUGAUUUACGAAAGGCCAUACUCUCUAUUGCAAAACAACAUCUAAAAGCGGCCUCCUCUCUUACUGGAAACGAAGAUCACGGCGGAGAUGAGCUUCCAAAGGUUAUUCGAUUUCCCUACUCGCGACACUCCUCAUACCCCGAACUUUGCAAUCUACUUAAUGCUUUCAAACCAAAGGAUAUUUGGCCCUGCACAUUCCAUCUUGACUCAUGGCGAGAAAAGGCCAUCUCAAUAGAAUCGCUCUUUGGACGAUACUGCAGUGGCAAUAUAUUCGCUCACGACAUAAAAGUUAAUGACCUUACAAAGCAGAAUAUCCAAACCACGGCUGAUGAGCCAGAUACUCAAAGACAUGAGAGUUGUUCUCCCAGCGUAUCCUCUCCUACAGGCCAAGCGUCGCCGAGGACAUCCCACACAUUUAGGCCCAAGGACGUUAAUCGCAUCACUGAACGCGAUAGCAUCUCUCUACAAAGAGAGUCUGGUAGAUCAUGCAAUUAUAAACAACGAAAUACAAAUGCAGAGAAGCCAGUGGAGCCUUUUGAAGAGCAAGUUGACGGCGCAUCUUUGCUCAUCCGAGAGUGGCUAUCACAAUGCCAUACCGGAGAUGAAAACGACUCGCAAAACACUGCAACAUCCUUGACUCCGAUACUCUCUAUACGCCACUCACCGGCGAGGCUUGACGCAUACAAGCGUAUGCUUCAAAACUGUAGAGGAACUGAGUGGAACUCAAUCGAGCUCAUUUCAACAGGCUGCAACCACAGCGCUAUAGAACAAGAGCUCUAG